AUGCUCCACCUCGGCGGCUCCUACGAGACCCUCAUCCCGGACGACUGCCUCUACGGCGCGCUUCCGGACGCUCUCCUUGCCGACUACCAGUUCUGGCAACAAGUCGGCAACCGGCAUCUUGUCGGCCACCCGCGCCGCCCGGCUCUCACCCGCUCGUUCGUCCACGUCGAGCUCUGGGCCGAGCCUCUCGCCCCUGCCGCCGCCGACAGCCUCGACCUUGGCCUCGGCCUCGCCCCGCACGUUGUCACGGUUGUUCGCCGUUUUGACUCGAUCUCUUCUGCUUCGCUCUCGGCAGUCCGUGAGGCGUUCAUGCCCUCGCCGCCUGACCUCCGUAGCCUGCCAGACCAUGUCGUACUGCUCAACAUCCAUCACGCCCGCGCCGCCGGAUCGGCCACGCCGUUUGCUGCCUCGCUCGCUGCCGCCCUCCUCCGCCUUGAGGACGCUUCCCACACCCUCCUCGAUGCAGCACCAGGCGCCAAGAUCUUGGUCUCACGCGACCACGCUGGGUUAUACUGGUCGCCGGCCGCCCGCCUGCCGCUUGCGCUCGCUGGCCUCCUUGCCGCCCUUCCGCACGCCCUCGUCCUUCGCGACGCUGCAGCCUCGUGGUUUGUCCUUGUUUCCGCGCUUCACGUUCCCGCCAUCGCCGCAGCGCCAGACGCGCCGCUGGCGAGCCACACUCUGUGGCGAUCGGCGCCGCCCGCCUGGAUCGACGGCCUCGACACCAAGUCGUUCCUCUACCGUGUCCACGCCUCCAACGCCUUCCUCGUCCCGCCCUCGCUCGCCUCGGGCCUCUUCCUCCUCGCCCUUCGCCUCGCCCAUUGCGAGUACAUUGUUGCACGUGCCUCGCUCGAGUCAGCGGUCUCGGAUGGUGUUUUUGCCCCGCUCGAAGCCAAGAUGUUUGCCCUCCUCACCUCCGUCCUUGCCUCGGCGCCGCCUUCUCCGGACGCCACCGCUUUUCGCCUCGCACUCUCGGCUGUUUUCCUCAACGCCUCGCUUGCGGCGUUGCAGGGCCCGGCCAUGGCCGCCUCGCUCCCGAUCCUCCCGUGGGAUCUCGGUACCGAGCUUCAGCGGUACGCCGAGCUCCGUCUCGCUGUUCCGGCCGAUCUCGCGCUGGCGCCGGCCGCCGAGCUCUCGCUCUACCAUGCAUGGCUGAACGCCCGCGGCCUCGGCAUCGACUCGCUACCGAGCCGCUCGCUCCACAUGGCCAACCGCUACUCGCUCCUGGCGCAUGCCCUCUCGCCGCAUGCUUCGCACGCGGCGCUCCUUGCCGACCCGGGCAUGUACCCGCAUGUCCAGCGCGCGGUCCAGCAUGCCGAGCUCGCCGCCGCUCGCGCCACAGCCGCCGCGCGCGCGCGCGCUGCAUACUCUGCCGCAGCACCGAGCGCAGACCCGACGCUCGACACCGCACGCGCCCUCGUUGCGGCGCCCUACUCCCGCCCGAUCCCGCUCGGGUCGGCAGACCGCACCAUCACCGGCACGGCAGCUGCUAGCCUCCUGGCCGCCGAUCUCCCAUCGCCGCCGGCAGCUUUCCUUCUUUGCUACGAGCUUCUCACCUGCUCGCUCUCGCUGCAGCUCCUCGAGUCGGACGAUCCUCUCCUUUCUGCUGCGCUCUAUGUCCACAUGACGUGUCCUGCUGCGCUCGACCCGACAGAGCCGCUCUCGUUCUUUGACCAUGUUCUCGUCAAGCUUGCCGCCGCCCGCUCAUCCGCUCAGACUGCUGCACUCCCAGCCCUCGAGCCGCCGCUCCUCGCCCAGUCUGCCGCUCGCCAGGUCCGCGCCGCACAGGCCAAGCGCGACUCGUCGGUCUUCACCUCGGUUAUCUCGAUCUUCUCAUCGGGCGACCAGGGCUCAUCCGCCGAGGCUGCUGCCGCUCUCGCGCAGGACGCCGCGGCCUUAUUUGACGCCUUUGUGGCGCCGCUGGCGGCAGCACUUGCCGAAGCCCGGUACCCGCUGCCCAACCUUCCGCGCCUUCCGCUCUCGGUCGCGAGCUGGGCACUCUGGCCACUGCCGGCCUCGCACCCGGUCGCGGUCGCGCCGCUGCCGCAGCUCGCGCGCGAACGUGCCGCUGCCCUGGGCCUCCUUGCUCACGUCGUUGACAACUACGGCUCGCGCAACGGGACUGUCGGCCCGGUUUCGGCCUCAAACACGUCCGACCUGGCCAUCUCGGGCCCCGAGCUCCAGGCCCUCGCCCAGGUUCCGCUCGCCUCGCUGCUGCGGGUCGAGGACAUGGUUCUGUCAACCGCCGAUGGCCAACCGCGGUUGAGCAGCAUGCCGUUCAACCCGGCCUCGGUCCCAGGCGCAGACUCACCUGUUGGCGCUGCACUCCUUGCUCGGCUCAAUGGCGACAUUGCUGCCUACGCUGCCCGCGACGCCUCUUCGCUCCGCCUCGCCGCGCUCGAGCCGCUCGCGCCGUCGUCUGGCAUCGAAAGCGCGAGUCCGAGCAUUCAGGCCGCCCGCGUAGCCGACAUCAUCGCCGCCCUCGACUCACUCAAGGCACAGCUGCUUGCGGCGCACGCCACGGCAUCUGCUGCUGCUGCCGCCUCGGCCGCUGCCGCCGUCGACGCCGCCAACUACGCGCCGCACGACUCCGCCGCUGGCAUGGCGACCGUGUUCGCCAGGCUCGGGCGCACCGAGCCGUCGCCGCGGCUCCCAGCUCUCGUUGAGCUGCUGAUGUCGACCAAGGCGCCUGCUUCGCUCCAGCGGCUCAACCCGUGGCUGGCGAGCCAAGGCUCGCGCGCGCUCCUCCGCCGUGUCCUCUCACUUACUGUCGUUGCUGCGCUCCACGCCUCCCGCGUCGCCCACGUCGGUCGCGCGCUUGCCGCUACCUCGGGCCUCAUCGCAGAGCUUGGCUCGGCGGUUGUCCACAUGCUCGACGCGUCGAACCGGCCAAACCGCGCGCUCGACUCGGCGCUCAUCCAGGAGCUCGUGUUCAAAGGCUCUAAGCUCGCGGCCGAACUCGUCGCCCCGCGGACGUACUUUGAGAGCCACAAGUCUUCGUCGGCGCUGCUUUGCUUUGACCCGCGCUUCCUUGUCUUUGAGUUCCUCAACCAGCUUCUGCUCCGGUCGUCGCAAGUCCGACUUGUGAGGACCUUUGUGGCCGCCGCGUCGUGCUCGCAGUCGCUCUGUCACCAGAUGAUCAUGGGUGCCGGCAAGACGACGGUCAUUGCGCCGCUGCUUGCGCUGGUCCUCUCCUCUCCGUCACAGCUUGUUGUCCAAGUUGUGCCGGCGCCGCUCCUCGAGUUCUCACGAUCGGUCCUCCGCUCCGCCUUUGCCGCCGUCGUCACCAAACCGGUCUACACCUUUGCGUUUGACCGCUCGCGGAUCAUUGCGCCGCAGCUGCUCGAGGCGCUCACCCUGGCGCGCGCCCGCGGCGCCGUCCUCAUCACCACCCCGACCGCCAUCAAGUCGUACCAGCUCAAGCUUGUUGAGGUAUCACACGUCCUCGCGGCCCUGGCCGACUUUUCCCCGGCAGUCGAAGCCGCCAUGGCCCGCGGCGUCCUUGCCGACACGUCAAAGCUACGCUCGGCACGCCGCGCUGUCCACUCGUUCUUCUUUGCCACCCGCGAGCCGUCGAGCCAGUCGCAGCCGACGCAUGCCCUCGCUGCGAGUCCGGGUGAUGCCGCUCGCGGCCGACUGGUCAUCGGCUCCGAGGCCGAGUUUCUCGACGCCGGCUGCGCUCUGCUCUCGUCGUUUGCCCGCGAGUGGGAUGGGACGCCUGCGUCGCUGGCAGGCAUCUCGGUCGCGCUCCGUGAGCAGCACGCUACCGCCCGGGCUGUCAACGCCAUCUUCCGCGAGAGCGUGCUCAUGCUUGACGAAGUUGAUCUCAUCUUGCACCCGCUCAGGUCAGAGCUCAACUGGCCAAUGGGCAAGCAAGAGCCGGUCGAGUUUGCUCACGACGGUACCCGCUGGGCGCUGCCGAUGCACCUGCUGGAGGGCGUGGCUGCCGCGGCAGCCCUCGACGUACCGCCGCGCUAUCGCGACUCGCGCCGUGCUGUCGACAUCCUGCACAACCUCACCGCCGCGCUGCUCUCCGGCGAGUCGCAGAUGGCGCUGCAGACGAACCCGCAUGUGGUCCUGCUCGCCAAGUCCUACUACCACGCCAGCCUCAAGCCGAUUCUCGUCGAGUGGGCCGGGGUCUGGCUCGCAGACGGCUGCGGACUCUGCGGCUCGGGCGCGCCGCUCUCAGCGAGCGAGCUGACCCACUACCUCUUGUUCCGCGACGACUGUGCUGUUGACACCAACCGGGUCGUUGCUGCGCUUGCCACAGCGUGUGAGCCGGACGCCAUCAAGGUCCUCAACCUGGCACAUGACUGGCUCAAUUACUUCUUGCCGCACAUUCUGAGCAAGGUUGAUCGGGUCUCGUUCGGCCUCCUCCGCUCGCACGACCUGCGCCGGUUGGUGGCGUCGGCAGAGGCCGCUGCUCCGGCCGCCUACCUCGCCGCCAUGCCCAAGACGCGCAAGUACCUCGCGGUGCCGUUUGUGGGCAAGGACGUGGCCUCUCGCACCAACGAGUUCUCCCACGCCGAAGUCGCCAUCGGCCUCACCAUCCUCGCCUACACCUACGAAGGCCUCCGCUCCUCAGACUUUGCCACCCUCAUCUCGGUCCUCCGCGAGUCGAUGGCUGCCGAGUCGGGCCCCUACCUCACCCGCCGCACGUCCAUCAUGUACGCCAAGUGGGUGGCCGCCGCCGGCAAGACUGUCCGCGGCUAUGCCCACCUUCGCAAACUCGCUGGCUCGCUCCGUGCCGGUGUGUCAGAUGCCGACCGAUUUGCGCGGCUGGCGUCGCCUACAGGUGCCUCCAGCUCGGACGCCGCAUCUGCUGCCGCCUUUGCUGAUGCUGCUGUAGCCGGUGCUGCCGCCGCAGAGCUUGCCGAGUGGGACGACGAGCUCUGGCCGCUGCAUCUGCUCAACCCGCGCGAUGCAGGGCAAAUGGAGACCAUGUACGCACUCUUGGCCAAGUCACCGGCCGCCAUCGCUUACUACCUCGACACCUUUGUUUUCCCACGAACCAUGACCUUCCAGCCGCUCAAGCUCUCGGCGUCAGGCCAGGAGCUCGGCGGCGAGAUGCUGUUUGGCACGCGCCUCGGGUUCUCGGGCACGCCAUCGGACCUGCUCCCGCGCGAGUUCGGCUCGUGUCGCUACGAAGCUGGUGACGACGGCAAGAUGAUCAACCUCCUCACGUCGGGAAACGUCAUGUCGCUCGUCGCCGCUCCGACAGACUGGACGCCUGCCUCGCUCCUUGACAGCCUCGCAGCGCAGUCGCGGUACAACGCGCUCAUCGACGCCGGCGCCCUCAUCACCGGCAUGUCCAACCUCGAGGUGGCGGUCUACCUCCUCGACGCUGGCCUCGCCCACUGCGCUGGCGUGGUCUUCCUCGACGAGGCCGACGCCAAGAAAGUGGUGCUCCGUGUCCACUCGGUCGACGAGGACGCCGUCGCGCGUGGGCCGGCUCCGGACGAGCCCGUCUCUGGAGGCGCCAAGUACACCGUUGUCGACCUCGCCCACUGCGGCGUCGAGCCACGGCGGCUGUUCACCUUUUACGACCAGGUCCACACCACAGGCAUGGACAUUGCCCAGGCUCCGACCGCCGUCGCGCUCCUCACGCUUGGUAAGGAUAUGACGUUCCGCGACUACGCACAGGCUGCCUUCCGCAUGCGCGGCAUCGGCGCAGGCCAGCGGCUCCACGUCCUGGUUGUCCCGCAGCUCGAGGCCCGCAUCGUCGCCAUCCAGCCGCGGCUAGACCUUGCCUGCAUCGUCGCAUGGCUCCUCGCCAACUCGAUUGCCUCGCAGGGCCUGCAGGCUGCGCUUCUCGCUGAGCAGUGCAUCGCCAACGUCUACCGCAAGGCCGCGGCAAAAGUGCUUGCCACCCCAGGCGCGUCCGAGGAAGAGACUCGGCUGGCUAUCGAGGUCUUCCGCGAGAGCGUGAGCCACGAUCUGAGCGCCGCACCGGGUGGCGCCCCGCCAGGCGAGACCGGCUUUGUCGCCUUUGUCAAGUCACUCGCCUCUCGCUUUGGCCCGCUCCUCACCUCGGCUGACGAGCGCGAGACGCUCGGUGCACUCAUCCGGUCGCGCGCCGUGAGCAGCGACGGCUCGCCCAGCGGCGGGCCGGACUUACGGAUGCUCGACGCGGUGCAGGAGCAAGAGCAGGAGCAGGAGCAAGAGCAAGAGCAAGAGCAAGAGCAAGAGCAAGAGCAGGAGAUGCAGGUCGAGAAGGAGCGCGAGCAGGAGACGGCACGGUUUGCAUCGCUCCGGUACUCGCGUGCAGACGAGGGCCCGGCGCCGUGGCCGCGCGCGUCGCUCUCGCAGCCGCCCAACUCGUCGGCCUCGCACCCGUUCAUUCCACUGGAGACGUUCCGCCUCGACGCCCGCUGUCCGCAACUUGCCUUUCCGGGCUACCUGUUGCAUUCGCGGAACUUUUACAAGCCGAGCUGGACCGGCUCGGCGCGGCGGCUCAAGAACAAGAUCGUGGUGCUCGAGGUAGUCCCGCGGGCGAGCGAGCUCGACGGGUCUGGCACAUCGAGCGCGUCGGGCGGGGUCCGCCGAGUUCCUCACCUGGAGCGCGGGACCGAGGUCCGCGCCGAGUUUGAGAACGCAUUCGGCCUCCUUGUUGAGAUGGACGGCGAGCCGCGGCGGCGCGAGCUCGGCCCAGCCGGCGUCAACGCGCUCCUCGACGCACUCGACGUCCACGUAGAGGCCGAGGCUUCUGCCGGCAUGCUCGAGUGGAUCAAGGCGAGCGUGGGGAGGAGCGAGGCUGAGGUUGCACAAGUGCUAGCGGCGCAUGCGUACUACCGCGAGCAAGGUGGGCGGUACUUUGUGCUUGUGACUCUCGACGAGGCCGCGGCGCUGCGGGCGCUGGUUCACUCGGCGCGGACAGCCGGAACCGCGGCCAUGGGCGGCGGCGGGUACUUUGCGCUCCGGAUCGGCGCCGAGAGCGAGCUUGUUCUCGACGCCACCGCAGGCUACGCGCCACCGCCGCCGUCACAGGCAGACCUUGCGUCGGGCGCGCUGCGGUUCUUUGACGGUGACGUCGAGUUUGGCCUCCUCGCCCGCAACUCGGCGCUCCGCGCAUUGCAGCGGAGCGAGGUCGGAGCCCGGCGCGACUUUUUCGCAGCCACGCGCGCAGUCCGCCGCCGCCGGCAGACCGCUUCACCGCCUUCGCUAGAGACGGUCCUCGGGAUUGUGACCGAGGUCAGUGUCCUGCAUGUGGCGGCUGCGCUCGCGCGGCUGGCCUGGGCCAUUCACGCCCGCAACUGGUACCUCCUCGACGCCUUUACCGCGCUCGACGCUGACGCCGCCGGCUCGCUGACUCUGGGAGCGUUCGAGGCCGGGCUGAGUCGGCUCGGCCUCCGGAUUGCGCCAGCCGUGGCGCGGGCACUCUUCCGCGAGAUGGACGAGGCGCGCCAGGGCGUGGUCGCCUUUGACGACUUUGCGCGGCUGGUUGGGCCGGCGCUCUCCCACCGCAGCGAAUGAAGCAGACUCAUCUCGUCAGUCACUCCGCCACACCACGUCGACGGCGUCGGUGCGGAACCUCUGCGUGACCGUCGACUCGUCGAGCGAAGUGGUGAGGCCGUGCUGGUACAUGAGCAGGCCGGCCUGGGCAAUCAUGGCGCCGUUGUCGAUGCAGUAGCGCAUGUCGGUGGCAUAGAGGGUGCCGCCCCGCUCGGCCACCAUAACGCCCAUCAUGUCCUGCAGUCGCUUGUUGCAGCCGACGCCGCCCACAAUGAGCACCUCGUCCGAUCCGGUGUGGGCCAUGGCACGCUCGGUAACCUCGAUGAGCAUGGCAAAGACGGUCUCCUGCAGCGAGAAGCAGAGGUCGGCCACGGUCGCCUUGCCGCUCUCCAGCAGCUGGGGAGUGGCGGCCUUGAGGUAGGAGAGCAGGCCGGAGAACGAGACGUCCAUACCCUUGACCACGUAUGGCAGCUCGAUAAAGGUCGAGCCGUCGCGAGCAGCCAGCUCGAUGUUGUAGCCCGGCGACGGG